AUGAAAACACUUGGAGUUGUCUGGAAAGCAAAACCUGAUUUAUUUAGUUUUCAUUCUGUAACAACCGAAGAAAAUACGGUAUAUACAAAACGAAUUUUGCUUAAAAAAAUGACAACGUUGUUUGAUCCAUUGGGUUUUUUGGCACCAUAUAUCAUUCGAAUCAAAAUAAUUAUGCAGGAACUGUGGACUAAUGGAAUUGAGUGGGAUGAUGCAGUUCCGGAUAGGAUUGCAAAUAAUGUUGAUCAAUGGUUUCAAGAACUAAACGAUCUCCCAAAAAUAAACAUUCCCAGAUGUUUACAAACAACCUCAACAGUAACAAAUAGGUCAAUUCAUAUUUUUACGGAUGCGUCUUGUAAAGCUUACGGUGCUGUUGCUUACCAACAAUGUUUAAAUGACACAGGAGAAGUGACCUGUGUGAUCAUAAUGUCAAAAGCCCGAGUAAGUCCAUUGCAAUCUAUUAGUAUACCAAGACUUGAGUUACUUGGAGCUGUCCUCGGUUUACGACUUGCAGAGAAGAUUGUCAAAACAUUGAAGCUGGAAACUAAGGACGUAACUAUAUGGUGUGAUAGUCUUAAUGUUUUAUGGUGGAUAAAAAAUCAAAGUCGAAAGUUGAAACCAUUUGUUGCCAACCGUGUUGGAUUCAUUCAAUCAAAGACUGAACUAAAACAAUGGAGAUACAUACCAACAAAAACUAAUGUAGCUGAUUUACUAACAAGGGGAACAACAGUUAAAGAAUUAGAAAGCAAUUAUGUAUGGUGGCAUGGACCAAGUUUCCUUAAUUCUUUAGAAGAAAAAUGGCCACAGAAUCACAUUGAAGUUACACAAGAGGCUUCAAUUGAAGUAAAGAAAAAUUCAGGAUUAAUGAAUUUUGCAUUAUCCACUGAAGUAACAAAUCAAUUGCUUGAUAUAAACAAGUUCUCAUGUUGGAAAAAAAUUGUCAGGAUAAACGGCUGGAUCCAUCGGUUUAUAGGAAAUCGUCGAUUUGAAACAGACUUUCGUAAAAAGGGUGAUAUAGCAGCUGAUAAAUAUUAUGAAAGCGAAAAAGAAAUCAUAGCUAAAGCUCAAAAAGAAAGCUUUAAAAAAAAAUAUAGCAACAUUGAAAAAGGAUAA